AUGACGGACGUGUUAAAAGUGCUUAGGGUGCUUGAGAAAUCACCAUCGACUGUGAGUGAAAUAAUUACAGCAACAGAAUUGGAUAAAGAAAAGGUCAUAACAAUUCUAAGCCAUUUAGGCACAGAGGGAAUUACUUCAAAAAAGAAAAUUUCAGACGAAGAGUUUUACUACUCUCGCGUCGUUCCAGCACAGAGCGAGAUUGACAAAAUGAAAGCUGAGAUUAUUGAACUCAACAAAUCGUUUUUCGAAAGUUCUGCAAAAAUUUCCGAUUUUGAGAAGACAAGCAAGAACUCAUUGGAAAAGGUCCACUUGUACAACGACACAAAAGACGUCGGACAAAUGCUUUUAGGAAAACUUGGUCAACUUGAGGGAAAGACGAUCCAUGAGUUAUACGAUGACUACGGCUUGGAUCAAGAAGACUAA